UCAUAUCUUCAUGCAUUAUCAGCUGAAGCACACAUUCAUAUUUCAGCAUCGCUCAUGUAUAUCCAGCCAUGUCUUGUUUCUCCGGCUGCUUUAUGGUUUGUAGUUUUAACGGCAUGCCGUUUGUUCGUCAGAGCCGACGGUUCGAGCGGAGCUCAUGGAGCAAAUCCCACACAUCGCCAUCUUCUGUCAGGAGAACAGACCUUCCAUUCCCUUCGCCUUCUCCAAGUUCCUGCUUCCCAUCGUGGUGCGAUACCUGUCCGACCAGAACAACCUGGUGCGUAAGACGAGUCAGGCGGCGCUGCUGGUUCUGCUGGAGCAGGAGCUGAUGGAGCGAGGAGACGUGGAGAGCCUGGUGUGUCCGGUGCUGGUGGACCUGACCGCUCCCGACAGCAGCGACGACGUCAAGACCGAAGCCAUGGCGGUGAGAGUCU